AUGAGGAGCAGAGCUAAUAUUGCAUAUGCUUUACUUAUUGUUUUAGUUCUUGAGAGUUGUUGUUUUGAAAGAACACUUUGUUCAAAUGUGACGUAUGAUCAUAGAGCGCUGGUCAUUGAUGGGAAGAGACGGGUUUUGCAGUCGGGUUCUAUUCAUUACCCAAGAAGCACUCCUGAGGUUUGGCCGGAAUUGAUUAGGAAAUCCAAGGAAGGAGGACUGGAUGUGAUUGAAACUUAUGUUUUCUGGAAUUAUCAUGAGCCUGUGAAAGGACAGUACAAUUUUGAAGGUAGGUUUGACCUAGUGAAGUUUGUAAAAACAGUUCAGGAAGCUGGCCUUUUUGUUCAUUUGAGGAUUGGCCCUUAUGCCUGUGCUGAAUGGAAUUAUGGAGGAUUUCCCAUGUGGUUACAUUUCAUUCCCGGGAUACAAUUUCGAACAACAAAUGCACCCUUCAAGGAGGAAAUGCAGCGUUUUCUUGGGAAAAUUGUAAAUUUAAUGAAGGAGGAGAAACUCUUUGCAUCACAAGGAGGACCAAUAAUUCUGGCACAGGUUGAAAAUGAAUAUGGCGAUGUUGAAUGGGCAUAUGGGGUUGGUGGAGAGUUGUAUGUGAAAUGGGCAGCAGAAACUGCUGUUAGUCUUAAUACAUCUGUUCCAUGGGUGAUGUGCUCACAAGAAGAUGCACCUGAUCCCAUAAUAAACACAUGCAAUGGAUUUUACUGUGAUGGAUUUACCCCAAAUUCUCCUACCAAACCCAUAAUAUGGACUGAGAACUAUAGUGGAUGGUUCCUUUCAUUUGGGUAUGCAAUUCCUUAUCGGCCUGUUGAGGAUCUUGCUUUUGCAGUUGCACGCUUUUUUGAAACCGGUGGCACUUUCCAAAACUACUAUAUGUAUUUUGGUGGUACCAACUUUGGACGAACGGCUGGUGGUCCUUUGAUUGCCACAAGCUAUGAUUAUGAUGCUCCACUAGAUGAAUAUGGUUUUAUCAGACAGCCAAAGUGGGGGCACCUGCGUGAUUUACACAAGGCAAUAAAGCUCUGUGAGGAAUAUCUGAUCAGCUCAGACCCGGUUCACCAGCAACUUGGUGUUAACUUAGAGGCACAUAUCUAUUACAAACCUUCCAAUGAAUGUGCAGCCUUCCUUGCCAAUUAUGACAGCCAUUCAGAUGCAAAUGUCACAUUUAAUGGAAAUUUAUACCACCUUCCAGCUUGGUCAGUAAGCAUUCUUCCGGAUUGUAAGAAUGUCAUCUUUAACACAGCAAAGGUUGUUGCACAAAGAAAUAUUGGUGAUCAUUCAUUUUCGCGGAAAACUAAUUUUAAUGAGAUGCUGUUGGUGUCAUCAGCAUGGAGCUGGCAUAUAGAAGAAGUGGGUGUUUCGGGCAACAACUCAUUCACGGUGCCAGGUUUAUUGGAGCAGAUUAAUACAACAAAAGAUACCAGUGAUUAUCUAUGGUACACAACAAGUAUUAAUGUGAGUGGUGAAGAGAAAGAAGCUGUUCUUAAUAUUGAGAGUUUGGGACAUGCAGCACUCGUUUUUGUAAACAAAAAGCUUGUAGCAUUUGGAUAUGGAAAUCAUGACUUUGCAAAUUUCUCAAUCAAUAAGAAGAUAAGUCUCAAGGAAGGAAAUAAUACACUGGAUUUGUUGAGCAUGAUGGUUGGUGUGCAGAAUUUUGGACCAUGGUUUGAUAUUGCCGAAGCAGGAAUAUUUUUGGUUGCUCUUAUUGGCUCGAAGAAUGGCAAGACUGACCUUUCCUCUGGAGAAUGGACCUAUCAGGUUGGAGUCGAAGGAGAAUAUCUUGGACUUAAUAAAGUAAGUCUUGCAAACAGUUCAUUAUGGACUCAUGGGAGUAUUCUACCUGUUAAUAAGAGCCUGAUAUGGUACAAGGCUACUUUCUCUGCCCCAGACGGGAAGGGCCCCUUAGUCCUAAAUCUUGCUAGCAUGGGGAAGGGUCAAGCUUGGGUUAAUGGACAGAGCAUAGGGCGCUAUUGGCCUGCUUAUCUCUCACCAUCAACCGGUUGUACUGAAAAUUGCGAUUACCGGGGAACUCAUUAUUCAUCUACAUGUCAAAAAGGGUGUGGUCAACCUGCUCAAACAUUGUAUCAUAUCCCGCGAUCUUGGGUACACCCUGGCAAAAACUUAUUAGUCCUUUAUGAAGAGCUUGGUGGUGACCCAUCAAAGAUUUCCGUGCAAACAAGAACUGGCCAAGAUAUAUGUUCAUUUGUAUCAGAAGCUGAUCCACCAGCAGCCGAUUCCUGGAAACCAAACUCACAAUUCGUUUCUCAAGUCCCUGAAGUUCGACUGACUUGUGAACAAGGAUGGAAAAUUACUUCUGUUAAUUUUGCCAGCUAUGGAACUACUGAAGGAAAUUGUGGCACAUUUAGUCCAGGAACUUGUCAUGCUGAUGUCUUAUCAAUUGUGGAGAAGGCUUGCAUUGACCAGGUAGAAUGUUCAAUCCCUGUGUCCUCAGCUAACCUUGGGGAUGCUUGCCCUGGACUGCUGAAAACCCUUGCAAUAGAAGCUCAUUGCAGUGAGUGAAAUUCCAAUCCUCAGUCCUGACAGAUUAAUGGCGACAACUCAUUAUGAUGCUUUAGAAAGUUUCUGGGUUGUUAUGUGUUUUAAGCUGUCAUAUUACAACACUAAGAUUACAAAGAAGAAGCUUUUCUCA